AUGGCUAAAGCAGAGUCUUGUACAAGAAAUAGUGUGGAAUGCCUAAAUGUUGACUUCAUGCGGUCACUAGUAAAACAAUACUCAGAACUGGGACAGUGGAGCAGUGCAUUCUUUUGGGCAGACGCUGCAGCCGCAUCCAGUGGUUCAGAAGUGCCCAGUGGAGACGACAUUUGGUUACUUGCAAGCACAAUGCUCGCUAAGGGUGAGCUACACAGGGCAGCUCAUGCAGUGACCUCCAGAGGACUUCAUACGAAUCAUUUGCUGUGUCUAGGCGUAGCUAUGCGAGCCUACAUAACAGCAAAGGAACCAGAAACAGCUCUUACGCUGAUGGAUGAAUGCUAUCCUCCACUCCUUGAGCCUAAAAACAUGGACCAAACACACAAUCGUGCCCUAGCGGGUGUACAAGUGUGGCAAUCAAAAGCCCUUGCUCUACAAGGAAGACGUGAGGCAGCUAUAGAGGCACUCACGUCUGCGUUAAGGGCAGAUGUCGCCUGCUACGAAGCUUUGGAUCUGCUGCUAGAACAACACGCACUCACCCCUAGUCAAGAAAGUGAUCUAAUAGAAUCUCUGCCCAUCAAUAACCAGUUAAAUGCGGCUGAAGCGGCCCUUUUGCGGGUCGCGUAUAGGGAGAGGCUUUUACGCUACGCACCGUUACGCACAUUGUCGACUGAUAACGAGAAUACUUCGCGAACUGCGGUAGACAUAGCUCGUUCGUGCAGCAUAACAGGCGCAGAAGCGAAAGGACGAAGGUUGGCAGCCGCCGGUGAAUGGACAGCCGCCCUGAAAGCCCUCGACGAAGCGGGGCCGUGGUCCUGUCCGGAUGUGAGAACAGCGUGUCUCGUGGAACUGAAGAAGUCACCAGAUUUGUUCACGUUUGCGCACUGCCUCAUCGAUGCCUACCCUCAAAAUUGGACUUCGUGGUAUGCCGUUGGGUGCUAUUACUAUCUUAUCGGCAACUUCGAGUUCACUCGUCGAUAUCUAAGCAAAGCAUGUUCGAUACCCGAGAGUGGGGGUUGUGUGUGGCUCGCGUACGGACACAGUUUUGCAGCUAACGGCGAGCACAACGAAGCUAUGGCUGCUUACAUUAAGGCACAUCAGCUGAUGCCGGGAAGCUACCUCCCGCUCCUGUACGCGGGCGUCGAAUGUUCGCUUCUAAACAACAUCAACAUGUGCGAAGGAUUUAUGACAAAGGCGGCCAUCUUGCAUAGUAACGCCGAAUCAGCAGAGAACGUAGACGACUCGGAUAUAGAGAAUUUGGGGCGUUGGGAGCGGGUGACCAAGGCAGUGGGCUCAGCGCAUAUAGCGCACGAAGCGGGAGCGGCGGCGUAUGCGGCGGGGGACUACGAGGCGGCGAGGACAUUGUGGCUUAGGGCUUUGCACUCUGCCGGACAUAUGAAGGAGCAAAACCCGAUGUGGGCAGCCACAUUAGACGGAUUGGGCCACGUCUCCAGAGUCCUAGGGCGGCCUACAGAAGCGCUCCGGUGGCACGAGAGGGCGUUAGCUUUGAGGCCAGCCAGGUCCGCCUCGCUCGCCGCUAAAGGUCUCUGCUUAGCGCUCUUGGGGAGAGAGACUGAAGCAGCGGACGCUUUGCACUCCGCGCUCGCCCGGGAUCCGGAUAACGUAGUGGCUAUUGCGUUGCUGGAUGCAAUCAUUGAUAGGCUGGACGCAGCUUUGACGGAGGAAGAGCUACCCCAGUUCCCGUUCCCCGAAGUGAACAUAUCGCUCCCCGCUCCGGCGACCCCCGUAGACAACCCCGCAACUCCACACCAAAAAGCCCACGACGAUACCAACAUGUCGGAUAUGAGCAUGAGUUUUGAUUGA